AUGGCCGCUUCCCGCUGGUGCCCCCGAAUUUGGCUGAUUUGCUUGUCGCUCUUGCUCCUGCACGCGCGGAAAGAACAGAAGGACUACUAUGAGGUCCUUGACGUCUCAAAGGAUGCCUCAGAGGCUGAGAUCAAGCGCGCCUACAAGAAGUUGGCCCUGAAGUGGCACCCUGACAAGAACCCAGACCAGCCUGAACUCGCACAGCGUGCCUUGGCCAACGCGGUGCAGAGCGAACGCCGGGAUGUCUUGAAGAACUGGAUGCCCUCCUUAGUGGAUGGUGGAGCAGCACGGAAUUGCCGCCCGCAUCCAGAGGAGUGCCGACGGAUUCUGAAGGCGUUGGAGAAGAAGAGCUUGCAACCGAGCGUCAUGUUUUGCCCACUGCAGGAUUUGGUCUUCCUACACUACAACGACGGAGACGCCUGGGAACGCUGCUGCAUCUCGGAGAACAUCUUCAACGGCCAGCUGAGCGCCAAGUGCGAGGCGCUCUACGAGAAGCCGCAGCCGGUGAUGGAGCCUGAGGAGCCGAUGCCGGUGACGAAGACAGAGAAGAUCAUGGCGCAGGUGAAGUUAGUGGCCAGGCUGUCCAAAGAGAUCGCCUUGGAGAUGGCGGCAAAGUUGGGCUUUGGCGGUUGUGGAAAGGCGUGCAAGCCGGAUGGCUUCGUGGACCCUCCGCCGAUUUGUUUGAGCAACCCACGCAGACGCAGCCAUUGCGUCUACAUGGGCCGCCCUGGAGAGCUCUUCGCGAAGAAGCCCAUGGUGGGCGAAGCGGGCUACAAGGUGGUCGAGCUGUCGAUGCCGAUGCCUCCACCGGUCGCGCGAGCCCACGAGCCGCCUCCCUGGCGCACGUCAUCCGGGCGCGGGAAGACGUUUCUGUGA